AUCUCUCGGUUCCCGCAGAUCAGAAGACAACAUUAACUCACUCCUGCUGGUUGGCUUUUGCAUCCUUUACUUGUGUCCUGAAAGAACAAGUGCCUCUGUGGGAACUCGAUGCAGUUUAACUACUGAUCGUUUACUUUGGCAUAUAGAAUUUUAACCUUCUCUCAGAAGUGUGUAGUAGAGCUAAAGAAGAAGACAACCAACCAGGGGUCAUCCUUCUGAAAUUGUAAUUGGCUCACUAAUCCAGGACAAAGUUAGAGAUCACAACUCAAGCAUAAGUCCCCUUUUCUUAACACCGUUACAAAGAUGUUUGACAUAAAAGCUUGGGCUGAGUAUGUUGUGGAAUGGGCUGCGAAGGAUCCAUAUGGCUUCCUUACAACCGUUAUUUUGGCCCUUACGCCAUUGUUUCUAGCAAGUGCUGUACUGUCCUGGAAACUGGCCAAGAUGAUUGAGGCCAGGGAAAAGGAGCAAAAGAAAAAACAAAAACGCCAAGAAAAUAUUGCAAAAGCUAAACGACUAAAAAAGGAUUGAAGGAAUGAACAGGCUCUGCAACCAGAGGAAACUCUUUUGGGAAAUUAUGCAGCUUUGGAAGGACCCUGUAAGGUUUCUUAUCUGGAUUUAUGGUAGUAUUUAAUAAACGAAGCCUGAGCAUAUGGAAGAAUCAUGUUAGUUCUGACCGCUACUUCUGCAGCUUUUAGGCUUCUGUAUAGAAGUCUAUUGACAGUUAUUUAUUAUGCCAAAAAUGCUUUCUAACUGACUUAGUCAUUUGCCAUUUUGCAGCUUAAUACAUCCUGUGGAGAAAAAAUGACUUUAGAUUAUGAACUCUACUCAAAUACUGGCUCAAAAAGGGUCCUGUUCUGGACAAAGGAAACUAAGAAUGUAAAAAUGAGAACUGUCCUGAGGUGAAAAGUAUGUUUUGGCUUAAAAAGAGAUACAGCAUAUUAAUUAUAUCUUUUGUCAUUAUUGCUUAUAUCUUAGAAUCAUUUCUGGCUUUCUCAAAGCAAUAUUAUUAAUCAGUGAGUACUUCAUUUUCUACAUUUUCCUCAUUCUAGCCUUCGAGAGACUGGUAAUUAUCAGACAUUCUGCCUUUUUUAAAAUCUAAUUUUAUAAAAAAUUCAUCUUGACUGUAUAGAGUACCACCUACUAACAGUUUUUGUACUUAUGAACACUGCCAUUUACUUAGAGAUGACUUGUUGAAUAGAGCAACUCUGUGAUUUAAAGCUUGCAGUAAAAAUGCUAACCCUUGUAGUACUUUGGAACCAGUUUAUUCUUACUCGUGUUAAGAAAUGUGAAGUAGUUAAAAUGUCUUAUCUGAUAAUUUGCUGAUUAUAUAGAUACCUCUUUUAAUUUUUAUUCCAUUUUUUUGAACUCAUGUAGUGAUGUUCUAUAAUUUUUGAUCAAACAAGUUCACGGUGAAAAUUAAAAUUUCAAUUUUGUUUUCAAGGAA